UGAACUCUACAAUGAAUAUGCCAAGAGUCCAUGCAGAAAUUCUGGAGAAAUCGUCAUCCGCCAACUGGUUGAAAUGUCGGAAUUACUUUGAUGAGUUUUGACACGCGGAAAGGAUUGUUUACAAAAUUUUGAAAUGGCACUCAUUCAUCAAGAAUUGCAGAAAAUCAGUUCCUGUAUACGUGUUGUAAAAUGCUUAUUGUUGCGUUACCUGCUAUCUCAUUUCCAUAUCAAAGUAAACCUACGUGCCCAGAGUGCUUUUAGUCAGUAAUAAUAUUCCAGAAGCAUCAAAGUUAUCGGCAUUAGCGCUCGGCGUCGCUUGGAAGACUUUGGUUCGAACAAGAUGGUGUGCUUUACUCCAAAAGUUUACUUUCUAAUUCUGCUUUGCACAUGGAUUUCUUGCCAGUUUUUCGUUCCAUCGGAUUCACGUGCCUUGUUUAGCUUUAGCAGAGUUAGACGGGUAAGUUAAAGUUUUUUUAUUCAUUUAUUUAAAAGCAAGGUCAUAUUUGAGGAUCGUUGUAUAGGUCGUUGGUAAGAGCCCUAACUUUUCGCGCUUUGAGUAAACAACGGUUUCUGUCGUUUUUAGGCGACUGAGGAGAAUGUUGAGAAUAAGACAAACAGCUCCGACGAAGGACGCCCUCCGUGCGAGGAAGACAUGAACGGGCCUUAUCCUUGUUCGUCUACGGUAAGUUAAAAAGUAGUACCGAAAAUUUUCCUUAGCACUAAUGUUCAGGUAAUGUUCAGUUUUGUGUGACCCGUCAGGAAAAAUUUUAUUCAUUUUAACCGCGUCCGAUCAAGAGUUCCAUCGUCGCUCGUGAUCGUUCACGCGAAAAAAGCGAAGUUUAAGCUAGCAAUCGUGAGUACAUCCUUGCAUGAGAUUUAAAUAAUUUCCGCCAAUUUGGAGACAAAACAUGGCUGUAAAAGUAAAUUUUUUUCUCGUUCUCGUUGCUUAGAGAAUGGCAAGUAAAUAUGUGGAAAAAUUGAUUACCCUAAAAAGGCUGCUUUACGGAUUUGUGAUCUGUUCUUCGUGUUUUAAGUUGAUUGUACACUUCUGUAACUGUCUAAACGGGCGUGUAAACAAUCGUAUGGUAAUUUUUAUUACGCCCAUUUUAAGUUUUACCCCGGGCCUUGAUCGACACAUAAGUAUUCAAAUUGAGAAGCGAUUUCGUUUGAAACACCUAAUUUAUUAGUGUUGUCCAUGAACAAUGUUUUUUUCUUGUCAUGGUUAUAUACCGUGUUGGCUAGUUCCAAUUUUCUUGGCGAAAAGACUAAGUGUUUGUUCACGGUCUACUACACCUGUUUGAUUGUACAAUCUUUGUUUAAAUACUACAGAUAUGUCUUUUUUUGGUUAUUAAUGCUAAAGUUUACCUCGCACGUGUUCUUGUGCUCGUUUUUAUCCUCGAUUACGAAAGUUAUCCAGAAAAGAACAUUUUGAGAACACAAAUCUAUCGCUCAGAAAUCAGUGAACAUAAAAGCUAAAAAGAGCUCUAGUCAUUGAAGUGUAAAAAUAUAUUGAUUUCUUAGACGAGGGGUGCGAGUUUCUAGAUGUUGCUGUGUGUAUGUGGUUGCUUAUCAAAGCUGAAAAUUUUCUGAUAAUUUUAUAAGUCGUUUCCUGUGGCGAACUCUUAAGAUGUGAUUACGCAAACUUUGACGAAAUAUGAUACAGAAGAGACCAGCGGCGGAUAUGGUCACGCACGUUUGUCGAGUUCGGUCGUUUUGUGAAUUAUCAACUCUUGAAAUUGUUAAUUUAUCAUCCUAACACUAUUUAAUCUUGAAAAAUAAAACAGGUGCGGCAAUAAAAAUCUGAAACUUUGGUUUACGGAAAUCGUUGAAGUGAAAAAAGUAAUAAAAGACUCGUUUUUUCCAGCUCAGUGAUUAUUUUGGCGUCUUCUAGUUUCAAAAGAAGGACGCCCAGCGCAGUAUGUCUUUGAUAUGUAAAUACUUGUUUUCGAUUCUUUUCUGGAGUCAGCUAAAUUUAGGUUAACUCACUGCUAUAUAGAAUAUACAUUUAUCAAAAUUUUCCGAGUAUCUGAAGUUUGAUUGUAGUAAAUAGUAAGAUAUUUGUAUGUUUGGAACACUAUAUACCUAAAUUUUUUUCAGUUUUGCAUGCAGACAUUGAUUAAUACCUCUGGUCCACAUAAUCAAUUUAAAAGCCAACUAGCUUUCAGUGUUUUUUAAGCUUGGUUGCUUCCAAUGAAUAGGUGAUUGUUGUUUGUGGCUUUUAAAAGCAUUGUAGGUCUUGGCUCUUGAAAGUUCCUAAAGGUGGUUGUUUGUAUGACACACCUAGCUACUUAGCAUAAUAUUUGAUGUAGAGAAAUUUUCUAGAUCUCAAUAGAAGAAUGACAGACUCCUAAUGAUAGACUUUUGACCUUUUUUUUCCACAAGCAGCUUUGUAGAAUGCAGAUACUUGAUUCAAACAUGAAAUUGGGUCUUUAACUUUUGUUUUUUGUCUCUGAUUAUUUGGUUUUAGGGAAAAAGAAAUUUUCAUACAACAAUUUCUCCCUUUCCACAAAUGAAACAAAUUUGUCAUAGCUUGAUCAUAGUCAGUUGUAUAGCUUGAUAACAUGCUGAGGUGUUCAAAAGAGAUCUGUGCAUUCUUCAAGAAUGAGAAAUACUUCUAAUUGUAUCUGACUCACUUAUGAUUCUGCUAUCAGCCAGUCUUAAACAAAAGAUUUGUUUUAUUUGGUAGAUUUGUGGACUAAAUCUGUUGUCAGUAUGGCCCUUGUUGGUCUAUAAGCCAUGCCAUAGAAAUGCUUUUGCAAUCUGGUGCAUCAAGCUUAAAAGCCAUUGUUUUAAUGUAGAAUUCACUCGACCUUGUAUCAAAAGCCAAAAACUUCAUUGUUGGCUGUAGAUAACUGUUGCUUAUUUCUAUUAUAAUCUUUGCAGAUAACUGGUAACCUGUUGCUGAUGGUGUUUUAUGGCGCUAUCCUUGGAGUUGCUGCGAAAUGCAUUUCUGGUAUGUUUUUAAUAAGUUUUUUCAGAAAACUUAGUUGUUGGGUUCAUAGUUAAUAAUGCAUUUUAAUUUUGUUUUUCAUUGUUGCAGAUGGUGCUGAACUGUUGUUGGAUCUUGGCUGUAACCCUUCUCUGAUUGGUAAAAAGGCUUCUCUGUUUAAUUGUAACUGCAAUUUAUACCAUGUAGUUUCUACAAAACACUAUACCAUUGACCAUACUUCAUGUGAUUAAAAUAUGAAACAUGACUGGCCAUCAUUUUUGAUUCACCUCACUCUGGAGCACUUUGUUAGAGUUAGCUGUGAUUGGGAAAUGUGAAUGGGAAAAUCUUUAUUCCAGGCUAACUUGUAUAGGAGUACUGCUACAUCUUGUGGACUGGGUACCAGUCCAUCUUAAGUAAAACUCCUUACAGCAGCCUCUGGGGAUUCCUAGAGAGCUCUUUGUACCCAGUGACAUUCCUGGGUGGAGGAUGACAAUGUGAUAAAAUAUGUCUCGCCCACAAACACAUCACAAUGUAACAAGUCUCAUCUCAAACCUGGACAUUUUAAUUUGGACUUCAGGGUAGUAACCAUAAGCCACAAAAUCUCUCUCAAAUAGACAACAUAACUGUUUCAAAAAGUUUGAUAAAUAAAUGAGAAUAUUUGCUUUUAUUUUUCAGGUGGUAUUGUUCUUCCUUUGUUGGGAGCUGUACCAGACUCUGCUAUCAUCAUUGUAUCAGGUUUGGGAGAUGAUGCACAGGAUAAGUUGUCUGUUGGCAUGGGGUACGAAAACAAAUGUUACUAAUUUAGUUGUUCAAGUUUGUGUUAAUUUGCAACUUAUCUGAAAAACAUUAAAACUUCCCUCAUCUUUCCUUUUUUUUUUGCAUGGUUCUGUUGUUUUGUGUUACUUUGUCUCUGAGCAUUGUCAUCGUGUAAAUCUAACAAAACAUCACACUGAAUUUCAAGUUUUUUUCCUAUAAUCCAUGUUAAUCUUCUCCAUCUAUGGCCAACUUUCUUCCCUCUUGAUUUAGUCUGCCCUCUUUUUUUGUUUUAGCAUCUUCCUGCACUAAAGUUUUAUAGUCUCUUUCAAGUUAUGCCUAAUGUAAGCAUAAAGUGUGAAAUUGAUGAAAUUAUUCCUGUUGUCAAUAUGAAUCCACUUUCAUCACUGCUGAUCCUAGUGGUAUAAAAGAUGCUUGUCAGAUAGCAACCUGGGCCCAGUUGUUGAAAGGGGGAAUAGUACUGGGAUAGCACUAUCCCCCCUUGGAACAAUACCAGUGGAUAGUGUUAUCCACCUUAUGAACAACUGGCCCCUGGUUUGUCCGGCUAAGCUAACAAAUAGAGAUCUGUGAAGCUCAUUUGUUUAGAUACCAAAAAAAAAAAUUUUAAAGGCUUGAUUUCAUAUGGGGGCCAAGCCUUAAAAAUAUGCCAUAUUCCUAAACCUCUGGGAAUCAACAUAAUUUAUUGAGACUCUUUUGCUUGUCUUGUGCAGGACAUUGGCAGGCAGUACCAUCAUGUUACUAACAGCAGCAUGGGCAGGAAGCUUGGCGGUUGGAAAGUGUGACCUUGAUGUUAAUGAUGAAGCCAUUGAAGGCAGUGGAUAUGGAAAGAUCAGCUGUAACAAACAGGUAAGUCAGAACCUCAAAUACUCUUUAUCUUUAUAGUCUUGGUGAUUUGAGGAUUCAGUGCACUAAUUCAUCAAACGGCGCAAAGAUUAGAGACUAAUUUUCUUGGAAAGGGCCUAUUAAACCUCCUAAGGGUUAAGCCUGAUAGGUUAAACCUCUAUCUGGAACCAGCUCGUCCAUGCCAACAAUUUCUCAUGUUUGGCAGAAAGAAUUCAGAUAUCACAGCCUUGAUUAUCACACUGAUGAAAUGGGUGUAGUUUUAAAAGACUUUAUUGAGAGCUUAUGAGAAUGAUAGCACUUUUGCCAACUGCUUUCAAACAGAGGAAGGGAGAGCCCUGUAAGUGUUUAGUCUGAAAGAUGCUACCAGAAAUAUUACAUCUUUGCUUAUCUUCAUCAAAUGUGAUCAUAAAAGUUCUGAUAAACUGAGAGUAACAUUGUUGUCUUUAACCAACAAGUUAUUUUUAACCCUUUAACUCCCAAGAUCUGACUGCUAAUUCUCCUUUCUAGUUGCUACACUUUUCAUUGUGAAUUAGUUAGGAGAAUUUGGUAUUAGAUAUAGGUAACAACUUCUACCUGAUAAAUUUGAGUAGUCUCAUCACCUGUUUGUUGGAUAAUGAAUGGAUAUUGUACAGUAGGGAGAAGUUACAUGUUGUCACUUCUGGGAGUUUGUUGGAUAAUGAAUGGAUAUUGUACAGUAGGGAGAAGUUACAUGUUGUCACUUCUGGGAGUCAAAGAGUCAAAGAGUCAAAGAGUCAAAGGGUUAAGAAUACUGUUUGUUUUACAAUCCAAAUGAACAAUUCCUACAGUCCCCUCCACCCCCCCCCCCUUUAGUGUUUAUUGUUGAGAUUCCAUGGUUAUUAAAUUAUUUGUGGUCUAUCUUCCAUUUUAGAUAAAUAGCAAUUUUUUUUUUUUUUUUUUUUUUUUUUUUUUUUUUUUUUGUUUUUUGUUUUUUCAACUAAGCUUCUGUUUUAUUUUAGGGUGUGACAAUCUUGCCCAGUGUCAAGACAGCUGUAGGAAUUAUGCUGCUUACCUCACUUUCAUACUUGUAAGUAACACAGAAUUUCAUCAACCCAUUACACCCCAGCAUCAAUAUGAAUUUUCUCCUAACUAUAUGGUACCAACAUGGAGAAUUCAUUUAACAAUCAAAGCUUCUUAGGUUGGUGAUCAUUUCCUUUAUUCUCACAAUCUUAAUGAAUGAUUCAGCAGUUUUACUGUAAGGAGAAAUUAGAUACUUAUCACUCUUAGGGUUAAAAGGGUUAACAAUGUUGGGAAGCUUUUCUAAGUUUGAACUUGUGAAUGGUCACUUUUUUUUUAGUAUUGUACAAGGAGCUGACUGGCAUUUUGGCCCACAUAACUUUGGACCUCAGCCAGAUUAUGUGCGCAAGGCUGCUUUGGCAACCAUGGUCAUUUGCUUCAUUGGCUUUGUUGCCUACCUGAUUUUCUUGGUAAGUUUAACUUUGAUUUAUGAUAAUUAUAAUAAUUAAUAACAAUUACAAUGAUUAAAUUUUGUACAGUGCAAAUUCCAUGAAAGAGUGACCAAAUUCACUCAUUAUUACUGAUGGUAUGAUUACACUACGUCAAUGUGUAGAAAUGCCAAAGAGUCUGGUUGAGGGAGUGCAUGUCUGUUGACAAACAAAGAAGUUCAUUGACUUACAUCUUUGUUGACUUGCUGACUAGCUGGCUGGAUCUGGCGACUGACUGGCUGUUGGUUGACUGGCUGACCAGUCAACUGACUGGCAUAUAGGCUGGCUAAUUUACUAACAUACUGAGUGACAGACAGUAAGCUAUCCAGCCAGCUAUCUGACUGGUCAGUAGCUUUGUGAGCUAGCUGAUAAGCUACAGUGUAACUGACUGGGAAGUUGGCUUGCUGACUGGCUUAACUGACCAAUCAGCAGACAGCAAGACAGAUUGACUGACAAAUGUAUUAACAGAUAGGAAGAGCUAGAAGGAGGAAGGUUACUUGUAAACAUCAUUUUGGACUGCAAAUAUUGGGUAUCACAGAUAGACUAAUUAAUUUUUCCUUGAUCUUCUUUCAAUCUCUAGUUUGUUGACAGCAAGUCAGCCCAAAUGAGAGCAGAUAAGCAUCGUCAAGAAAUGUAAGUCAACCUUACUUUUUAUUUAUCUAACAUUUUAUUAAUUUAUCUAAAAUUUUAAAAAGCUAAAGCAUGUUGUCCUGAUAUAGCAGUUAACCUAUAAUGCAAUUUUUCCUUGAUAUGUGGGUGUUUUUGUUAUCAUUGACCUUAGGAUGCAGCGAAGGGUGCUACACCGUUUCGUCAUGAUGGCCAAGAAAACAAUGCCAGGCAGAGCUGAUAACCUUGAUGGGGAAGACAAAGUUGCACAAGAAAGUAAGUAACAAAUUACAAGUUAAUCAUAUCUCCAAGGUUAUGUUAAGUUUUGACAAAAACCACUCACAAAUUAAUCAUAUUUGGCUCAUCUACAGGAAAAACAUUGUAUGUUAUUGUCUUGGAAACUUGUACAACAAAAUUUUUAGAUUUUCAGGAGUGUACAAUGAAGGACAAAUGUUUGGUUUUGUUUUGCUGGUGCUUUGUGAUUGAUCCAGAAAACAUUUUCCACCCUUUUAACAAAUCAUAUUUAAAACCAAUGAAACCAAUCUUUACUUGGCUUUAAAUGUUUUUGGCCAGAUAACAAACCUGAGGGCAUUUUCUUCAAGUUGUUAUUGGCUUAUUGUGAUAUUUCACACAACCCUUUACACCCUUGUGUCACUAUGCAUAUUCUCAAUAAUUCUCUCUAAAGUAUACAUUACUAUUUUUGCUAAUGAGGAGAAUUUUUUUAGGUUUGAUUCAGGGAUGAUUGUGUAGGGAGAAUAUACUUUCGUAUUACAGUUACAGUUAUUAUGUUACAAUAACACUACAUUGAAAAUCAUUUUAUCAUUGCAUUUGGUGAGCUAUAAAUUUUAAGUUUGAUGUGAAGUCACAAUUGGGACGUGUUUUUUAUUAAGUUCAUGUGCAGAAGAAAUACUUCAAAGCUUGGCGUCUUGGUGCUGGAAUGGAUAAAAAGCAGCCAUCUGAGACAGACCCCAUCAUGCCUAAAGAUGAUAAGGAGGUAGAGAAAUAAGUAUUUUAUUAUAACACUUUACACCCUAACAUCAGUAUGCAUAUUCUCCAUACUGUUCUUUAUACAUUUCCUAAGGUGCUGGCAAGGAGAAUUUGUUUACUGGUUGGAAGCUUCUUUCAUUGGUGAUCAUUUCCUUUAUUCUCAUGACCUUAAUGUGUGAUUCAGGGGUGAUAUUGUAAGGAGAAAUUAGAUGCUAGUCACCCUAAGGGUUUAAAGGGUUAAUAAUGCAUCAAGUGAUACUAAGCUGGUAGCAUUGCUUCCUUUCAGCUCAGUAACUCUUUCUUGCCUUACUCACUCCUAACUUUCAAUUGCCAGAAUCUAACCAAUAAUUGCUUUUGUCACGCAAAAAUGAAUUUUACAGUUUUCAUCAAAUGUGUUUCAUUUCCAAAAAAAUUUUAUGGUCUCUGUACCUGCAUGGCUUUUGUCAGAAUAAGAGGUGAAAUGAAUUAAUAAAAAUGGGCUCAAAAUUUUCCUGCAAAUUUUGAAUUCUUUCUUUUACCAUUACCACUUAACAGGAACUUAUUCACAAAGAUUCUUUUGAAAUUGAGGUGAGUAUUAUCUCCCACAGAAGCAAGAAUCAAAAAACACUACUGUUGUCAUCAUUUAUUCCCACUUCUAAGCUCCAUGAUUCUAUCUUUCAUUUUCAGCAAUCUCUUGCACAUUUUUACAUGUAACAGCCAUGUUCCUUGAACCUUCUUCCUUUUUAGUUAUUAGCACUCUAAAAGAGUCGUGUCAAAGCAGCUAAUUGAUUCAUCAUUUUUAUCACUGUUUUUAUCACCUCAUUGCUUUCUACUCAUUAUUUUCACACCAUUGGUAAAUCAUUUAUGGAAUAUAAAUUACAUGUAAUUUGUUGUUUCAUAAUUCAUCAAAAGAAACUUAAAGAACUGUUAAAUGGUGUAAUGAAAUGCUGUAACCCACUAGUUUACAUUUUCUCUUUUUAAUUAUCUUUGAAUUACUUAACUGCAAUUGCCUUGCUUAAUAGCUAACUAAUGUCGAUUAUGUACUAACCACCUUAAUCUAAUCUUACUCUAAGUAGUAUGGUGGUGUUAUCCUGUCCAUUCUAUGACUAAAUAAUUCAAUAUUAUUGUUAUUGUAUUCACUCUGCUCUGUUUGAAAAUAGUUUUAACUUGUGAUUAGUGUUAUUUGGUAGGCAUGGUCAGUCCUUCAGGAUCUGUGCUGAAUAAUAUAUUGAAAGAAGAGGAAGAAGUUACUUUUUAAUCACCUUUUGUAAUCCAUUCUAUUGUUUUUAAUCUUUGAUAGGAAGAGGGAGAAGAGGAGGAAAGCACAACUCAUUUGGCCAUCAAGUGUGUCAGCCUCCUUGUUAUUGGAGUUGGUUUGGUGAGUAAAUAAGACUGAUUUCAACAAAUAAGACAACAGAUAGUUUUUAGGACUCAGAAUUUUUCCUUGUGUCCACACUCAAUCAUGGCAAGACAAAAAGUGUCUUCCUCUAUUUCUUUACCAAGCCCAUAACUUACCAUUUUAUUCUAUUUAAUAUAAACAUGACCCUAUUAGCAUCGAUGAUCCCAGCAGUAUGCAGGACACAUGUCACAUAUGAACUUUGUUAUAGGCCUUACUCACCAUAGGGUCUCUGUGGCUUUGAAGGUCUGGGGUUUGUUUCCUCACUGGGACUUGGAUUUUUUUUUGUCCCACACUUGAGACAAGACAAAAAACAUCUUUCUCUAUUUCUCUACUAAGCUGAAAACUUGCCAUCUUUCUUAUUCAUAUAUAUGAGUAUAGUUUCUUCUUCUCCUAAACUGGGAAAUUUAAUUCGUAUCUGUGAUCUUUUUUGGGAAAUGAUGUUAAAUGCUGGUUUCUCCAGCAAUGGAGUAAGAGUUGGAGUUGAGUCAAAGUCCUAAGAGUGUUACUGACCCACUGAAAAUUUAAAAUCAUAGUGAUGAAUGACAUCAUAAGCUUGUUUAAAUCAGAGUUAGAAGAAUCAGAACUGUUCCCCUUUCUUCUAGUUUUUUCCUGUGGCUGACACUUAUAAUGAUGUAGUGAAAACUAGAUUGUCAGAGGUUGCAAGCAGAAGCAGAAGAUCGUAAUGUGAUUUCUGAGGCUGCUCAUAUAAGUCCAACAAUUUAGUUUCCACAGAUCACCAGUGAUACAUUCAAAAGUAGCAUAAGCUCUCUGCUUUGAUGUUAUUACUUUGAUUUUCACUAGGUUGUAUCACUUUGCUCUUGUGACUAGGACUCUGCUUCUUACUCCAAUGUUGUGUAAAAACUAGCCUUAUGAUUUGCCUCACAUCAUGGACAAAACUGAAAUAUCCAAACAGUUAUAUUUAUAACUUCAAUAAUCCUGCCUCACUUCCAACUUGAGCUAACCAUUAUAAGGUGCCCUUGUCCUCUGUCACCUUUAUUUAAUUGUGAACAUCUUUUUUAUGUCGACAGGUAACAGUCUUUGCUGAUCCAAUGUGUGAUGUGCUUGAUUCCCUGACAAAUAAAAACAACAAGUCAUUUAUUCCUAUUUCAUGUAAGUUGAGUCUACUGUAUAAAUGAGUUGUUUCACUCCUAACAACUCAUUAGUAAUUCUCCUUGCCGCUAUAUUAUUCUUGCCAGGCUAGUUUGCAGAGUUGAGUAUUGGAUCCACUAAUAAAUCCCUAAUUGAUGUUUUUCUUUAUUCUCAUCACUUGUCUGCUUGGUAUUGUAUUGAUGCUGUAAGGAGAAAUUCUUUCCUAGUCACUUGCAGGAGUCAAAGGGUUAUUAAACAAACACUGUAGCAAAUGUUAAAAAAAUCAGAUAUUAUAUUUCAUGUAAGUUGAGUGACUACAGUUUAUUUAAAUCAUUUUGAAACCUGAGAUCUUUGAUAAAAGUCUACUAAACAAGAAACAAUAGCAUGCAAUUAACUAGUUUUAUUGAGUAUUGAGUUUGAUCCAUCCACUUUUCAUUCAAUAAUGUAAUGUAAAUUUUUUUUUUGCAGCUUUCUAUGUGUCAUUUGUGGUGACUCCACUGUGCUCAAAUGCUUCAGAACUUGUGUCUUCUCUAAUUUUUGCUGCCAAGAAGAAGAAGGAGAAUAUUUCCAUGACCUUUGCACAGGUAAAGUUUAUGGUUGAUGAAAAUUUCAGUAAAUGAAACAACUCUGACAACUUUUGUACUCUUCACUUUAGCUGUAUGGUGCUGGAACCAUGAACAACACUCUGUGUCUUGGCAUUUUUGCUGCGCUUGUGUACUUCAGGGAUUUGAAGUGGUACUACUCUGCAGGUCAGAAAAAUGUCUAACCAUUCACAACUUUUUUUUUUUCAUUUUAUUUGCACCCCUGAUAAAUUGCAUCACUACAAACUAAAGGAUUUACCAUAUAAUGAAAGGCUGAAGAUUUUUCAGUCUUAUUCCCCUUAUUACAAGAUUCUGAAAAACAGUUUCUGUUUAAGAAAAUAAUAUAUUUUAAAUUAGUGAUCAGAUUAUCAUAUUUAUAGAUAAAACCAAUUUUUGCUUAUUUUUUCUUUCAUUACAGAGGUGACCGUGAUAAUCUUUGUGCAGUGGGUAGUUGGAAUCGUUGGCUUCCGUCUGACAUACAAGGUAAGCUUCACCCUUCUAUUUUGAGAUCCCUACUUGAUCCUGUUAGUUUUUGGAAAGGAGGAAGAGUAAUUUACAGCUAAUCAACUUCUGUUUGAUGCUAAAUAGCAUUGUAGCAAAACAACUGUAAACCCCUGAGGUUAGGAAUACAGUAAAGAACUUGUGAGUGGGUUGAUGGAGACUCUCGGUCUUGAAAGCUUUUACCCUUUGCACCUUAAUAUCAGUAUGCAUAUUCCCUGUACCAUUCUCUUAAUAUUUCCUAUGGUACCAACAAAGAGAAUUUGUUAACAAUCAAGAGCUUGUUAAGGUGGUGAUCAUUUCCCUUAUUCAUAUGAACUUAAUGUUUGAUUAAGGGGUGAUUCUGUUAGGAGAAAUACUGGUAUGUUGUUCUUAGGAGUCGAUGGAUUAAGUAUUCAUUAUGUUUCCCAUGUUAAAUGCUAUGUUGAGACUAAUCCUUCCUUCAAUGCAAGAUGUCAUAGGUGACUCUUCAAAAAAUCUGCUAGUUUUCACACAGUCUUAACAAAUUUAAGGAGGGUGAUACAGGAUCUGACCCAAAUAAAUACUUGCUUGCCUUUUCACAAUAUAGAUACAAGACUUGACAUUGAUAAGUGUUCUCAUUUCCCUCCUAGUUGUGGACAGGUAUCAUCGUUGGCUCACUAUAUGUUGUAUCAAUUGGCUUGGUGGCUCUCCUUGAAAGCAGUGCCAUCGGUUGGAAGUAACUUGUUUGCAGAUUCCAAUUCCACACCGCUUUAUUGUGCUCUGAAAUUAUUCUUUGCUUGAAUGAAACCCUGGCUGUAAACUUAAUGGUUGUUUAUUUUUUGAUGUUAUCCAUUUAUAUUGUAAUGUUUGGAUCUUAGUGCAAAUAUUCAGUUUACAAUAAUUAUUUGGGUAACAAUUAAUACGUAACUGAGUUGUCUUAAAGGUGGUCAAAUAGUGAGGCUUUUUCAUGAAUCACAGUGCUUUCUAUUUCUUUCAAAAUAUUGAGUGAUGAACUUAAGAAA